AUUUAUUAUAUGUAAGUAUGCUGUAGCUGUCUUCAGACACCAGAAGAGGGCAUCAGACAUCAUCAUAGAUGGUUGUGAGCCACCAUGUGGUUGCUGGGAUUUGAACUCAGGACCUCUGGAAGAGCAGUCAGUGCUCUUAAUCGCUGAGCCAUCUCUCCAGCCUGCAAGUUGGAUUUUUAAAAAAUAUUUAGUGUGGGGGUUAGUAGUGUAUGUGUGUGUGUGUAUGUGUGCCUGUGUAUGUGUGUGCAUGUGUGUGUGUCUGUGUGUGUGUGCGUGUGUGCAUGUGGAGGUCAGAGGACAACUUGUGGGAGACUGCCCUCUCCUUCUACCUUGUGGGUCCCAGUGGUUAAACUCGUCAUCAGACUUGUCCCCUCUGAAGGUCUCUCUCAUGUGCAUCUUGCUUUCAGGCAAUGACUCUCUAGUGACUUCUGUCAGUCUCCCAUUUCUGAUUCCCAACCGUUAGAGUGCCGGGAUCACAGAUGUGACUCACUUCAUCUGGCCUUUUACCCGGUUCCAGGGACUCGGACUGCAAGCACUCUUACCUGCUAAGCCAUCUUGCUGACUCAAUGGGGGGAUAGGAGAACACAUCAGCAAUUAUGUGUCUGAUAAGAAAUUAAACCAGAAUACGUGAAGAACUCCUAAAACUCAACUAUAACCCAAACAACCAGUUAAUUAAAAAAUGAAGGCAAGUGCUCUUAGCCAACCCUGUCUCACCCUUAUCCACUAGACUGACUCAGCUUUGCCUAGACUGAGCCCCAGGCCUGGGCUCAGACUCCUCCCACAGGCCUGGCUUUUACAUAGGUGCUGGGGAUCCAAAUGCAGGUCCUUAAGUUUGUACUGCAAGCACUUAAUGUCUGAGACUGUUUUUCAGAAAAGCAGUUUUACAGGAUGCUAUAUGAAUAAAAGCUGCCCUGGUACACAAUUUCCCAGUUUGGCAGAUCUAGACUCUGUAGUUGAACCGAACGGGCUUUUGGUCUGGUCCAUCCAAAUAAGGCAUGGCCAGACCCACAUUCCUGAGGUCCUGUGCCUAAGGUCUUACAGUUUGGAGCCAACUCCCACAGACGCUAUGGUGAAGGAUCUUCCACAGACAGCACUGACUUUCCCAUUCUCGGACUCUGUCUUUUUUUGAGGAAGGGCCUCACUUACAGCCCAGGCUGUGUGGAACUCACAGUCUUCCGGUCUCAGUCUAUCUGGGGUGGGAUUUACAGGCGUGUGUCACCAUGCUGGGAAGCAUUUGUUUUGAGAGUACUUCUUAGGCCUCAUGAUGAAACGAGAAGACCUUGGGGGAUUGGGUGGUGAGAAAAGAAAAAUUACAGGUAGACUCUGUAAACCAGGAUUAUGUUUAAAUAGGUUCCUCCUGGAGAAAACACAGAUAUAUUUGGAAAGUAGGACAUUUAAAAAGUAUUUCAUAAUCUUUAAAAUGAGGGGGCUGCUUGUGCCCGGUCCCCAGAGUUUAAGAAAACGGAGGCGCUCAAAUGGACCUAUCAGGAAGCGGUUGCCACUGCACAAAGCCGGUGUGGUUCCUGGAUCUUGGCCCAGGGAUGCCUGUUCGAGUUUCCGCAGCAAAGGCCGCGCCGCAGGACCCCGCCCGACCUUGAAGGGCCGCUCGACCUUGAGGUCCAUGUUUGCCUCAGUUACUCCCUCUGUGCAAUGGGAAGAUACACAGUAUCACUGGGUAAGGCCGGAGGCCCGGAUGCGUACCUAAGGACAGCCAGAUGGCGUGGCCACCCUCCAUAACUGUCCUCGGACUCUUCCCACACGGACAGCGAAGCAACCAUCCCUUAGGAGCCCGCGGGCGGGAACCUGCCUCUGCGCGCUACGGCGCACGCGCGCCUCGCUCCCCGCCCCACCUGCGUCUGCGCGCGCCCAUAGGCCUGUCGCACCGUCACUCCGUCUGGGAAGCAGUUGUGAUUGAUCCAGGUCCAGGCGCGCGACUUGGUAGUGGGCGGGACCCGAACUGGGUAUAAAAGAAGCCGCGGCGAGGCUCGUGCCGCUUUGCAGACGCCGCUGUCUCUUUUCGCCGCUUGCUGCAGACAUGGUCAACCCCACCGUGUUCUUCGACAUCACGGCUGAUGGCGAGCCCUUGGGUCGCGUCUGCUUCGAGGUCGGGUGGGCAGGGAUGCUCCAGGGAGGGGUCCUGGGAGCGGUGGAGGGGGAGGCUCCCUCGGUCGCGGGCCGACCCUCCGGAGGAGCGAGCGCGGGCGGCGGCGCCAUUUCCUGACGAGGGGCCAUUUUGGGAGGCCGGCGAGGCGCGGGGAGGCUGGGCGGGCGGCGGACAAAGCCGGGCGGGGCGCGGCCGUUGGGGGGAGGGGGCUGCCCCCGCCCGCCUCGGCCUACCCGCAGGCGCACGUGGCUGCGUCCUGUGGGGCCCUGCGAGGCCGGGCGCACGUGCUCCGCGCCUCUCCCAUCUCGGAGCCGUUGGGCCCCGCCCUGUUAAGCUGCGGCGCUGCAGCCCUGCGGGCCUCUUCCCCACUACCUUCCCCGAGCCGCUGCCUUUUAAUCGGGGCUGGGUAGGAACUCUGCCUAAGGUCCAAGGACGAAGGUUCGGUGAAGCCGCUGUUUGCAGACAAAGUUCCAAAGACAGCAGAAAACUUUCGUGCUCUGAGCACUGGGGAGAAAGGAUUUGGCUAUAAGGGUUCCUCCUUUCACAGAAUUAUUCCAG